AUGCACUCACUGGUGACCCGCCUUCGUGAGUUGUUCCCGCCGGCACCGGCGAUGGGUGCACCCAUCAAUGGUGAUGUGGUCACGUCCGUUACAGAGACUCUGCAGAGCGUGAAGCUGAACCCACGUGAAUGGCAGCAGCACGCAGUCUACCGGCGGGGGCGCUAUACCAGGAACAUAGUUGGAUACUCGCCAAACCAAUUCAUCGUGCUGCUGCUGUGUUGGGAGCGGGGCCAACAGAGCCCCAUCCAUGACCAUGCAGGUGCUCACUGCUUCAUCAAGAUGCUGAGUGGACAGCUUCAAGAGCGCAAAUUCGCUUGGGCUCCAAACGGCUCCUCUGGCGCACAGGCAGGGCCGCCUGGCCUUCUGGAUGCAUCUGACACAGAGAAGAGUGCUCGGGGCCUCAAGUCUGCUACAGAAAGCGUCUGGAGUCAAAGUCGUUCACUUCUGGGCCUGGAUGCCGACUCGAAGCUGAGCAUGUGGGUGCUGUGCCCUUGGACAUGGUUUCCAGAUCGAGGUCCUUGCUCGCAGAUGCAGAGUGGCAGUUGUGCAAUCUAG